AAGUCACUCAAGCUGGAGCUUUGCGUUCGGAUCUUCGCAACCAAACGCGUGAUCUAUUCGUUCCAUGUAAUUGAUGAUGGCCUGCGAUUCUCUGUUCCCAGCGAGCUUGAUAUCGGCAUCUGUGCAAGCCGAUCUUCCACAUGGCUACGUCGUCCGGCCUUUGCAGCGCAGCGACUAUUCUCGAGGCCACUUAGAACCACUCCGAGAUUUGACAUACAUUGGGGAAAUAUCUGAGCAGCAAUGGAUAGAACGAUUUGAUUGGAUGGCCAGUUGUCAGGGAACUUACUAUGUUGUAGUCAUCGUGGACACGACAAAGGAGUCGAGAGGUUCCAUUGUUGCAACAGGUACUCUAGUGGCUGAGAAGAAAUUCCUCUACAAGCUCGGCAUUCAAGGCCAUAUCGAAGAUGUUGCGGUGGUCAAGUACGAGCAAGGAAAGAAACUCGGACGAUGUCUCCUUGCCGCACUAACUGACGUCGCACGAAAUAUUGGCUGCUACAAAGUGAGAAGUGAGCCGAGAUGCAUGAGAUUCACACGUAUUAAUCGUCAUGUAGAGUAUACUUGAUUGUGGCCCAAGAAAUAAAGGGUUCUAUGAAAAAUGCGGCUAUAGUCAGGCGGGCCAGGAAAUGGAAUGUUACUUUGACGAAGAAGCUAAAGAACGGAGAGUGUGAAGCUUGGAUCCGGACCAGACAAUCGUAUAUGGAAGAACAUAAAGAGGCUUGAACGCCCAUGUCUUUAAAGUAUCAUGAACCUACCCAAUGCCAAAUUGGCCAAGCUCAACAUCUGCUGCGUAUCAGUCGUCGUCAAGCACCAGGCUGGCCGUUCGCACAGAAAGCUUUCUUCCAC